UUUAAUGUAACGUUUUUUCGCGAACAAACUUUUGACACAACGCUGUAGAUGGGCAGGAGUUGAGUUCAAAAGCCGCAUGGUGGCGGACUGUAUUAUAAAGUGUUUUGCGAAUAGGUUGUAGUUAUGGAUGGCUUGAUCAGUACCGUGACUGUUGUUUCUUUGUUAAUCACAUUUGUGUAUGCAGCGAGCAGUAUUAUCGUUGCGUUUUCUCUGAAAAAAAAUCUACCAAACAUCGAGAAGUGGGUUGUUGCUUGGUUGUUAUUUGAUGCGCUGGUUCAUUUCACCAUGGAGGGACCAUUUGUGAUAAUCUCACUGACAGGGACAGUUCAACAGUCAGAUUCUGUUUUAGCUCUUAUGUGGAAGGAAUAUGGAAAAGCUGACUACAGAUGGCUGGUUUCCAAUCCCACAAUUGUCUCACUGGAAUCGCUGACAGUGUUCUUGGAUGGCCCGCUGUGUCUGGUGUUAGUGUAUGCCAUUGUGAAGCAGAAAUUUUACCGACAUUUUCUUCAGAUUGUUCUCUGCAUUUGUGAGCUGUAUGGAGGUUGGAUGACAUUUUGUCCUGAAUGGUUGAUUGGGAGCCCCAACCUAAAGACAGAUAACUUCCUGUUUCUGUGGGUGUACCUGGUUUUCUUUAAUGGUCUCUGGGUUAUCUUCCCCUUACUACUUCUUUACCAGAGUUGGCAAGACAUGAGGAUCGGUUUUGCAGCAAAAGGAAAAUCAUCUGAUAUACGAAACACUGCAAAACAUAUAAGAAAGAAAGACUAGUGAUUACUUGUCGGUUAAUUAAAGGUAUUAUAUCGUCAUACUAGAAUUUAAUACAUUUUAUAUUUUUAAAACUUUAAAUGGUAUUACAGCUUGAUAAUA